AUUACUCAUAUCAAGCUUCUUCUACUCAAGAUCUACUUUAAAAGUUCGAUAAACAAGUGAUAACCACUUUAAGCUACUACAAGUUUCUUCUUCUUUCACACACAAGUUAUAGAAAUGGCAACAGCGUCGUUCAACAUGCAGUCAGUCUUUGCCGGUGGAUUGACCACCACUCGCAAGAUCAACUCCAACAAGCUUUUCUCCGCCGGUAGCUUCCCUAACCUCAAGAGGAAUUAUCCGGUGGGAGUAAGGUGCAUGGCUGAGGGAGAGCCCAAGAAGGAAGACUCUACAGCUACACCCGCUACCUCGGCGUUGCCCAAGUCACCAUCGCCUCCUCCUCCUAUGAAACCUAAGGUGAGCACCAAGUUUUCCGACUUGCUAGCGUUCAGCGGUCCAGCACCAGAGAGGAUCAACGGACGUUUAGCGAUGGUUGGAUUCGUGGCGGCUUUGGCCGUCGAGCUAUCUAAAGGUGAAAACGUUUUGUCUCAGAUCUCCGACGGUGGAGUCUCGUGGUUCCUCGGUACUACAGCGAUCUUGACACUUGCGUCGCUUGUGCCACUUUUCAAGGGCAUAACCGUCGAGUCAAAGUCCAAAGGUAUCAUGACGUCAGACGCUGAGCUUUGGAACGGACGGUUCGCUAUGCUCGGUUUGGUCGCAUUGGCCUUCACCGAGUUCGUCAAGGGCGGAACCCUCGUCUAAGGGGACUGAAUACGUAUUCGGGAGGAUGUUUUAUUACGAUUUUGCCCAUGUAUUCCUGUAAAGUUUGUGAUAUGUGUUAGGUGUGUCUUAUAAAUUAUGUACUAGUGACAUUUUUAAACUUCUAAAGCACUUUAAAAUUAGUGAUGUUCACUAAAA